AUGUGUGAAAGACGUUCAGGUAUUAAUUUAGAUACUAAAACUAUUCAUAAUAAUGACAAAUUAUUUACAUUAACAAAAGAUGAUCAACAUCAUGAGACAAUUUUAAUAGAUACUUUAAACGAUACAACUGUGGAUGUUAAUUCAAUUAAUGAAACACAGUCAAAAAUAAAACUUGUAUUAGAUGAUAUUCGAGUAGAACCACCUUUAACAGGCAUCUUUCGAUGUUCAAAUAUAUCUGCACGUUAUAUUAUUGCUACAUGGGCUUUCUUUGGUUUCUUUUGUCUUUAUUCUUUGCGAGUCAAUUUAUCUGUAGCUAUUGUUGCUAUGGCAACACCACAAAGUGCUUUAAAUGAAUCAAUUCAAUCAUGUCUACCACUAAAUAAAAAUUCUACAACACCUUCACCAAAAUAUGAAUUCGAUUGGAGUCCAACACUUCAAGGAUUUAUUCUCGGAGCAUUUUUUUAUGGUUAUAUUACAAUGCAAAUACUAGCAGGAAAUUUUGCAGAAAAAUUUGGUGCUAAAUGGAUAUUUGGUGGAUGUGUAUUAAUAGCCGGUUUAUUAACAUUAUUAACACCAUUAGCAGCUCGUACACAUGUUGGAUUAUUAAUUGCAAUACGAUUUAUAACUGGUAUUGUUUGUGGUCCAGGAUUUCCAUCAGCAGCUGCUCUUUGGGGAAAUUGGAUACCACAAUCAGAACGUAGUACAAUUCCACCAGCAGCACAUAGUGGUGCAAAUGUCGGAAUAAUUGUUACUGCACCAUUGGUUAGUAUUAUGAUUGCAGAACAUUUUCUUGGUGGAUGGCCAUCAGCAUUUUAUGUUUUUGGCGUAAUCUCUUGUCUAUGGUUUUGUGGUUGGUGUAUUUUUGGUUUUAAUUCACCAGAUCAACAUCCACGUAUAUCAGAAAAAGAGCGUAUUUUUCUUAAACAACAUAUAAAAACACAUAUACGCCAAAAUCGAAAAACACCAUGGAAAUAUAUACUUCGUUGUCUACCACUAUAUGGUAUUAUUAUGAUGCAUGUUUGUCACAGUUAUAUUUAUUAUACUUUAUUAACAUCAUUGCCAACUUAUUUUGCUACUAUACUUAAUUUUAAUUUACAUCAGAAUGGUCUUUUAUCUGCUCUACCUUAUUUUGCACAAUUUUUGGUAACAAUUAUAAUGGGACCUAUAGUAGAUCGUAUACGAAGACGAAAUAUUUUAUCAAUAACAAUACUUCGAAAAGGACAGGCGAUUAUUGGUACUCUGGGUACAUGUUCAUUUUUGAUUGGAAUUGCUUAUAUGGGAUGCAAUCAAAUAGGUGCAGUUGUUUGUUGUAUUAUUGCUGUUGGCUUUCUUGGUUUACAUACAUGUGGUCCAUUAACGUCUCAUCUUGAUAUUGCAUCAAACUAUGCUGGAACAUUAAUGGGUAUUACGAAUUCUUUGGCAGCAAUACCUGGUUUUAUUGCACCUUAUGUUGUAGGUGCCAUUACAAAUAAAAAUCAAACAAUUGAAGCUUGGCGUCUUAUAUUUAAUAUUUCAGCUGGUAUUGGUGUAUUAGGUUGUGUUGCUUAUUGUAUUUUAUUUAAUGGUGAAGAACAACCAUGGAAUCGAACACCUGAAGCACGUCAACGAAAUGAAUCCAUAGCAUCAAUCGAUGGAUAA